AUGGCGGUUCCGAUGGACGCGAUCCUGAAUAUUACGCUCGGCCUCAUCCAAGAGGCUUAUCAAAUAUACGAAGCCGCUAAAGCCGUCCCUACCGUCAUAGAUAAGGCUAAAUCCGACCUCCAGCAGCUGAAAAUCAGCACGCAGUUUCUAAAGAGAAAAGCUGAAGAUGCCAACUCCGUUGUUGCUAGGAGUGAAGAAAUUCGUCAGGGGAUUAAGGAAAUGUACAGUGACCUUAACAAACCAUUCGAGACUUUAAUCACUUGGAUGAAAAAACUACCCGGCAAUCUGGCUUAA